CCUAUGUGAACUAGGGAAUGUGGAGUGUAUCGCCACCUGCUCGGGGAUGGCGCGGCGCGCCGCGAUGGCUGCGGCUCUCGGCGGCGCGGGCCCGGGCAGGCGCGGCGCGGGCGACGCCACGAGGAGGCCUCUGCGCGUCGCCGACCGGCGUCGGCAGGCGGCCAUCGCCUUCCUCACCAACAUCUCCCUCGACGGGAAACCCGCGGCCGCGGCGGCUGCCGCUGCGGCGGCGGCGGCUGCGGUUGUCGCCGGGACCGCGGCGGUCGUCGGCGGCGGCGCCGGCCGGGAGGCCGCCGCCGCCGCGGCCGCGGGCCCCCCGUGCACGGGGCCCGAGGUCGCGCCGGCGGCGGCCGCGGUCCCCGCCGGUUACGAGGCCACCCUCCCGGCCAACAGCAGCGUGGCGAGCGGCCUCGGGGCCGAGCCGGGCGCUCUGCUCGCGGCGACGCCGCUGCGUUCGCGGCCGAGCUCGGCGGGAGCGGCGCCCUCUGGGGGCCCCGGGGGGGCCCUCUCGGGCCCGCAGGGAGCGGGAGGGGGAGGCCGAGCGGCCCUGGGGCCCACGCUGAGCGUGGAGGCGCCGGGAGCGGUGAGCGACGUGCAGAGGCAGAGUCUGUUGUUCAGACGGCGGUUAGCCUCCCAGCGCUCGUCCGUAGACACCCUGGAGGAGACCGAGGCGCUCACCUCGCUGCGGAGGUGCCGCCGCACGUCUGGCUCCCCGCCCGGGCGCAGCGGGCGGACGCCUCACUUUGUAACGAAUUUAAGGCAGCAUGACACGAGCAACGGAAGGAUCGUGCUGAUCAGCGCCAAGCGAUCGUUCUGCACCGUCUUCUCGGUGCUGCCAUACCGCGAGGGCACGCACCUGGGGGAGGUGCGGGGAGAACCCGGGAGGCAGAGGCAUGCAUCCGGGGGUGUCCCCACCUCCACGGAGAUGGUGAUGGGCCUGGAGGGCGUGGAGCUGGGAGCCGAUGGCAAGACCGUCUCGUACGCUCAGUUCCUCUUCCCGACGUUCGCCUUCCUGGGCCGGAGGGGCGAUGCGCCGCCGCCGCCGCCGCCGCCGCUGCCAGGCCUGGGCGGUGGGGGCAGCGGCUCGGGGCCGCAGCCCCUGCAGCAGCGCAACAGCACGGGGCGCAACCUGGCCCUGUUGCGCCAGGCCACGUUCGAGGGCCUCAAGCCCAGCAGCCCAGCCGCCGUGGAAAGCGGCCUGGGCCCAGACGCCGUGGAGUUCCUCGAGUACAACCCCAACCUCCUGGAGGACCCGCAGUGGCCGUGCGGGAAGCACAAGCGUGUGCUCAUUUUCCCCUCAUACAUGACGACGAUCAUCGAGUACGUGAAGCCGUCCGACCUAAAGCGUGACAUGAACGACACGUUCCAUGAGAAGUUCCCGCACAUCAAGCUCACGCUGAGCAAAAUCAGGAGCCUGAAGCGCGAGAUGCGCAAGAUGGCGCUGGAGGAGUGCGCUCUGGAGGAGUCGACGGUGGCCGUGGCGUUCGUCUUCUUCGAGAAGCUCGUCCUGCAGGGCAAGCUCAACAAGCAGAACCGCAAGCUGUGCGCCGGCUCCUGCCUGCUGCUCGCCGCCAAGAUCAGCAGCGACCUGCGCAAGCCGGAGGUCAAGAACCUCCUCGACAAACUGGAGGAGCGUUUCCGCGUGAACCGCCGUGAGCUCAUUGCGUUUGAGUUCCCCGUGCUGGUGGCCCUCGAGUUCAGCCUCCACCUCCCCGAGCACGAGGUGCUGCCCCACUACCGCCGCCUCGCCAGCCACGCCUGAGCCGCCCGGGGGGGGGGGGGGGGGGGGGGGGGGCUGCGGGGGACCGGGGUCGCCUCGCAAGAUGCCGUCCCUCCAGAAUCGGAGAAUCGGAGUAUUUAUUAUUUAUUCUGGAGGAAUCCGACGGGCUUUCAAAGCUCUUCUUCCACACGCGCCCAUCAGGAGCGCGGUGAGGAACGCCGAGCGGCGGUGCGGAGCCCAGAGCCUGCCCCACGGGAUGGUGAACCGUGAGCCCCUGUGCAGGCCUGGUGCAGGUCGGGUGCAGGCCUGACACGUGUGGGCAGUCCCGGUGAGUUGGUUCGGUUCCUCCCCCCCCGCCCCCGCUCCCCCCGCCGAGUAUUUGGAACCGCGGAAAAAUAAAAUAAUAAACUAACAUUCCUUGCCCCGCGGGAAACCCCAAAUCGUUCCGCCGUCCAUCGUCCCGUGUUCGAUCUGUUGCCCGGAUGGGCAGGCGCUACAAUCCGUCCAUGUGAGGGAUGCGCGCACCAACUCCGCCCGGCCUGCCCUCGGUGAACCGACGUGGUGAACCAUUCUGGUGAACCAUUCUGGUGAACCACUCUGGUGAACCAUUCUGGUGAACCACUCUGGUGAACCACUCUGGUGAACCAACGUGGUGAACCAACGUGGUGAACCAUUCUGGUGAACCAACGUGGUGAACCAUUCUGGUGAACCAGUGUGGUGAACCAGUGUGAACCAACGUGGUGAACCAACGUGGUGAACCAUUCUGGUGAACCAGUGUGGUGAACCAGUGUGAACCAACGUGGUGAACCAUUCUGGUGAACCAUUCUGGUGAACCAUUCUGGUGAACCAUUCUGGUGAACCAGUGUGGACCAACGUGGUGAACCAUCCUGGUGAACCAGUGUGGACCAACUUGGUGAACCACUCUGGUGAACCAUCCUGGUGAACCAUCCUGGUGAACCGACGUGGUGAACCACUCUGGUGAACCAGUGUGGACCAACUUGGUGAACCACUCUGGUGAACCGACGUGGUGAACCACUCUGGUGAACCAGUGUGGACCAACGUGGUGAACCAUUCUGGUGAACCAGUGUGGACCAACGUGGUGAACCAUUCUGGUGAACCAGUGUGGACCAACGUGGUCAACCACUCUGGUGAACCAGUGUGGACCAACGUGGUGAACCACUCUGGUGAACCGACGUGGUGAACCACUCUGGUGAACCAGUGUGGACCAACGUGGUGAACCAUUCUGGUGAACCAGUGUGGACCAACGUGGUGAACCAUUCUGGUGAACCAGUGUGGACCAACGUGGUGAACCAUUCUGGUGAACCAGUGUGGACCAACGUGGUCAACCACUCUGGUGAACCAGUGUGGACCAACGUGGUGAACCACUCUGGUGAACCUGUGUGCUGAACCAGUAUGGACCGCCGGUGUCAAUCGGUACCGUAGGGUGGUGAUGUGGGUGCUAAUACCACCUUGCCCCUCCCCCCCUCGCCCCGUGUCUGUGUGUUGGCGCCCAUCCGCGUGUGUCGCCCGCGGUCACAUGGGAGGCACCCCCCGCCAACCCCCCCCCGACCCCCCCCCCCCCAACCCCCUGACCCACUCCCCCCCUCCCACAUUCAACCCCACGAGCCCCACGACCUUGGUCCGAUUUACAUAUCCUGCCGCGGCUCGUUUGACGCGUCGCGCUCCCGAUGAUGAUUGUGCGCCCGCGGGCGCCCCCCUGAGUUUACUCGCCAGUUUAGUCUCCUACCCGCCAGCCUCGCCCCCCCAGCGCCCGCCCCUCGUGUUCGCUGCUCCCCCCCCCCCACCGACCCCCCCACUAUCUCACGAACCCAGCGAUCAACGGUUCCGCUCGCAUGGUGCAUGUGGGUCGUGCACGCACACAGACGCACAUCAGCGUUACCAAUCCGUGUCUGUGUGUGUGUACACAGACUACUGGAGCCCAAAGCCAAAAGAAAGUAUGCUACUUGCACCGCUAUAGACUCUACUGGAGCCUAAUGCCAGUGUAGAGAUCGCUAGUUGUACCGCUAUAGACUCUACUGGAGUCUGAUACCAGUGUAGAGAUCGCUAGUUGUACCACUAUAGACUCUACUAGAGCCUGAUGCCAGUGUAGAGAUCGCUACUUGCACCGCUAUAGACUCUACUGGAGUCUGAUGCCAGUGUAGACAUCGCUAGUUGUACCACUAUAGACUCUACUAGAGUCUGAUGCCAGUGUAGACAUCGCUAGUUGUACCACUGUAGACUCUACUGGAGCCUGAUGCCAAUGUAGAGAUCGCUAGUUGUACCACUGUAGACUCUACUAGAGUCUGAUGCCAGUGUAGACAUCGCUAGGUGCACCACUGUAGACUCUACUGGAGCCUGAUGCCAGUGUAGAGAUCGCUAGUUGUACCACUGUAGACUCUACUGGAGUCUAAUGCCAGUGUAGAGAUCGCUAGUUGUACCACUGUGGACUCUACUAGAGUCUGAUGCCAGUGUAGAGAUCGCUAGUUGUACCACUGUAGACUCUACUAGAGUCUAAUGCCAGUGUAGACAUCGCUAAUUGUACCACUGUGGACUCUACUAGAGUCUGAUGCCAGUGUAGAGAUCGCUAGUUGUACCACUAUAGACUCUACUGGAGUCUGAUGCCAGUGUAGAGAUCGCUAGUUGUACCACUGUAGACUACUGGAGCCUGAUGCCAGUGUAGAGAUCGCUAGUUGUA